AUGGCAGAGCCGGAUCCAGAACGUGAACCAUUGAAGACGCUUUCCAGUUCUUCACCGGGCCAGGUGCACUACGUGUCGAUUCCCAUCAACAAGAACCGUCAACUGGCGGGCAGCAAUGAUUUCCAAAACUUUGGAGUGGGGUCCUCGGAUACACCAACGCAGUACCAUGGACAGGGCAUCAGAAGAAGGACCUCGAUUUUGGAUCAGCCGAUUGGUUCUUUCAAAGGUGUGAACUCGCUAAAUCGGUUCGCCACAUCGUUCCAAAGAGCUAAUUCGUUUAGAGCCAUUGACAUCCGCCCUGAUAGGGAACGGUCGUUCAUUGAUCCUGAUGGAGAAGAGUCUUACGACCCGAAUACAUUAGGGCCCUCUUACAAUGGUCGAAAGCUUUCCUUUGCGAUUACUGGGCCGGGACAAGUGUCUAUCAGGCCUUCCAUUGCGGAUUUGUAUGGAGCAGUGUCGAGGAAAAAUAGCGUGAUACAAAGUUCAGGAGGAUUUACGCCCUCAGGCGUCCUCGAGAACCCAAUUGACGAUUCUGACGGACUGCAAAGCGUGUUGUCCAACGACUCCACAGGACCUUAUCAUCUACCGGACUACAGUUUCCACGAUUCAGGGAACGCAUUGGGCCCCGAAGAGGACUCGAUUGUGUUGAAACAGGUAGAGACUCGGACCGGUAAAGUGAUCACCGUUAUUGCGGGUCAAUCCACCGGACCACAGACAAUCUUUAAUUCCAUCAAUGUGUUGAUUGGGAUCGGUCUUUUGGCUCUUCCGCUAGGACUCAGGCACGCAGGGUGGGUAUUGGGCUUACCACUGCUGGCCAUCUUCGCAUUCGCAACAUUCUGCACCGCGCAACUUCUAUCAAGAUGUCUAGACGCAGACCCAACUAUGACGACAUACGGUGACUUGGCAUUCGCUGCGUUUGGCCCAACCGGACGUGCCCUGAUCUCAUUUUUAUUCACUAUGGACUUACUCGGAUGUGGUGUCGCUCUUAUCAUUCUCUUCGGGGACUCAUUGAAUGCUCUAUUCCCUGAAUAUUCGGUCAACUUCUUCAAAAUUGUCGCAUUCUUUGUUGUCACCCCACCAGCAUUUUUACCAUUGAGCGUGUUGUCAAAUAUUUCGUUAUUGGGCAUUCUCUCCACCAUUGGAACCGCCAUAAUUAUCGUCUUCUGUGGUCUUGUUAAGCAAACUGCACCCGGCUCAUUGUUACAGCCAGAACCAACAUCGUUGUGGCCAAAAUCAUUCAAAGAAUUUUGCCUUUCUCUAGGAUUGUUGAGUGCUUGUUGGGGUGGCCACGCUAUUUUCCCAAAUCUUAAAUGUGAUAUGAGGCAUCCAGAGAAGUUCACAAGUUGUUUGAAAACAACUUACCGCAUAACAAUUUUCACAGAUAUCGGUAUCGCUAUUGUUGGAUUUUUGAUGUUCGGCGAUCAAGUUCUUAACGAAAUCACAAGAAGUGUGCUAUUAACUCCAGGAUAUCCUCCAUUUGUCUAUGCACUAAUUUCCGUACUUCUAUCUCUAAUCCCGCUGGCAAAGACACCACUAAACUCAAGACCAAUCGUGUCUAUCUUUGAUUCGAUGCUAAAUGUGGAACACAUUGACGAAAGUCUGCCAUCAUCGACAAAAUUAGUUAAAAAUUCUGUUAGAGCGUUUAACAGAAUUGCAGUGAACGCAGUAUUUGUCCUUAUUGCAAUCUUGUUGCCAGAAUUCGAUAAGAUCAUAGGAUUUCUUGGAGCUGCAUUGUGUUUCACCAUCUGUUUCAUUUUGCCUUGUUUGUUCUAUAAAAGAAUAUGCCACGAAACAAUCACCCCCUUGGAAACACAUUUAUGCAAUAUUUCAAUUGUAAUUAGUGCUGUACUAUCAGUUUUCGGUGUCUAUGCAUCUUUAACCUCUUGA